GGGGCCUGCGGGAAGCAGGGGCCGCCGCUUGGCUGGACGUGGGUCCAGGCCGCUCCUGGCUGCUCUCCCCGAGCAGGGCGGCGGGAAGGAGCCGCCGCCUCCAGCAGCGAGCGAGGCAGCGCCGGGGACCCAGGGCGGGCCGCGGCCUUGGGAAGGCGCCGUGCUUUGCGGCGCCUUUGCGGAGGAGCAGAGCGGCGUGGAAACGGCUCGGGGUGUUGGGGUCGAAGCUGCCGCCUUCUGUAGGCGAGCUGACCGAAACGGAAACCCUCUUACGUUGCUGUGACGGGAGUGACAGGUCACGGGGAAUCAUGCAAAUACAAGAUAGUCUGGAGAAGUUUGAGGGAAGUUUUUCAAGGAGGAGGCUUUAAAAUAAGUAGCAUUUGGAGGGGAAAGGAGCCCAGUCUUAAGGGGUCUGGUGCUUCUUUUCUGUAAACUUAUGAUGCAUAGUUUGUAUACUUUUAGUGAUACUGCUGCUGUGCUCGGAUUGUUCUGCGAUUGUCAUAAGUAAAUUGCUAGAUGCUUGUUUUUAGUUUGUUUAGCAAGCUGUCGAAAAUCCAGAUACUGAGUGUGAGUGGAGUUUGAGUGCUUGACAUCAACUGUAGUGCAUUGAUCUCUGAUAGUGUAGGCAAGACUUCAUUAAUAUUUACAUGCUGUCCUCAGACAGCCAUUGUCCUCUGUAGCUCUUGUGAAGACAAGUCUUACAAAGACUAGAUGAAAAGGAAAUAAUUCUGUCUUCUGAUACCCACUGCUCUUUACCUAGGUGAUAAAGAAAAAAGAAAGGAGCUGAGUUUUCUGCACAUCAGCUCUAAAAGUUCCAGCUAGCUGUCAGUGAGUCAAAAAAAUUUUCUUCAUAGAGAUCACUAGCUGAAAUACAAUUGCUGUGUGAAGGAACUCAGCAUUGUUACAGAGAGAGAUUUGCGGGGGGAAAUUGAACAUUUUAAAUGCUUCUUCAGACAAAUAUACCCUUUUGUUAAUAAAAUUUGCAUGCUCUUGUUUCUCAAAGAUGAGGUGGAAGGGCUGGCAUUCAUGGCAGUGACUAGGGAGGUCUGUAUGUCUGGCAGGAAACAGUAGGUGUAUGGUUAUGUCUGUAUAGUAUAACACCAUGUGCUUUAGAGAUGUUGAAGGAUUUCACUUACCUCUCCACAAUAUCAUGUUGCACUGUGUAGGUAUAAUCUCUGAGCAAAAGCUUUUGACUAAACUAGUGUUGAAACAUUGAUUUUAUUUAUUUAUUUAUUUAUUUAUUGUUCUAUAUCGUUAGUUGGCAAGAUAUGGUAACAUGGGUAAGAUGUGAUGAAUAUGGUUUUACAAUUUGAGGUAUAUACGAUUGGGCUAUAUUUUUAAGAAAGCUUUAGCAAGUUCUAUUCCAAGUAUGUAUUAUUUUCAAUUCUUGCUUUAGAUUUCAUGCUGAUAUUAGCUUAGAUAUCCCCUUGAUUGUCUCUGUAGUACUCACUGAUUUUUAUCUCUCUUUGCGUAUCUUUCCAAACAGGUGUUUCUGAAAGUAAUAAGGCACUUCAUUAUUUGUGACUUCCAAGCCGAAAAAUAGACCUCUGUAUUUUGCUGUGUGAUCUUUGCCAAAUACUUACACUGCUUAUAACUGGUCUGUGUCAGUUUGGGGGAGGGCCUAGGCCUUUAUCAGGAGAUUCUUCCUGCCUGUCAUAAUUUAUUGUUGGCUUUAUCUUUCCUUAUUACUUCUUGAAUGCGUUGCCUUAUGAAUAUAAUUUCAUGAGAUGAGCUUGGGUCAUGCAUCAGCCUUAAAGACUGUGAAGAUAUGCAUGCCCUAGUUUCCUGCUAAAAUAAGGAGGAACCUGCCCUUUUUUCAUGAUUUUUGAUGUGGUUGGUAUUCCUCUGAAACCAUGCUUCUUUGAAAAUUUUGUGCUUUUAUCUUAUACAUACCCUUUCAAUUUAGAGACUAGACCUUUCAUUUUUUAGAUUUCAUGCGUCUGUUUAUUCAUUGUUAAGGCUGAUCUGCUGCAUCAAGCCCAUUAAGUCAUUCUCUUUUCUUUUUGUGUGGAUCUUAUGUGAAUGAGAAAAAUUUCCUUCAGUGAGAAAAAUAUGAAUACGGUAUUUCUUUUUAAGAGCGAGAACGCAGAAUUUGAAAGGGACUUGGACAAAUACAACAUUGGAAAGUACACACAGAACAAUUUCAAUUUGAAAGCAGUUGCAUCUGAUUUUUCUUUCUUUUCAUCUUUCAUGUGUAGGACUCACUAGAAAGCCUGGCAAAGGGCUCCAUUUCAUAUUUACUGAGUGGUAUUCCAUAUGUGUAUAGCCACCAGAGCCUUUAUUUAAUGAACCUUUUGUAAUUUAUAAGUAGUAUUAUCUCUCAGCUUUGUAGACUAAUAUUUGAUAUGAUAGUAUGGAGUGAAACCUGCAAAAGUGGUUGGGUAAAGUAGGGGCAAAAGAAAGUUCAAGGAGGCUAAAGUGAGAAUCCUGGCACUCAGAAAUUCAGACCUCCUCAUUUCUGAACCAAGGAAUUGCUGCAUGUUGCCAUAUCAGAAAGAAAGUUCUUCAGCAUUGCUAAUUUCUGUAUCUUUUUUUAGAUAACAAAUUAGCUGGAGGUUGUUAAAACAUGGUGGUUUUCCAUAGUGCGAGGAACUAAGGAAACUAAUGCAGGAGCUGUUGGUACUCUGCACUCUUACAGAUUGACUUCGGUCGCUUUCUUCUGCUAAAGCAGGGAACAGGUCGUUGAAGUACUAUGGAACCUCUGCAGCCCUGUGGAUUUGGAAGGGUUAAGUUCAAGUUUGGAAAGGCUUUUUCCAUUCCAGAUGAUUUGCUGGCUUAAGCGCUUAAUUAGGAUGGCUUUUGAACAAGUUGGAUUCAGCAUGGAAUCAGUGCUUUGGUCAAGUAAGCCUUAUGGUUCAUCUCGAAGUAUCGUAAGAAAAAUUGGUACUAACCUCUCUCUUAUACAGUGUCCAAGAGUUCAGUUUCAGCUUACUUCUCAUGCCGCAGAAGGAAACCACCCUAAUCAACUUCGAGAAGAUGCAGUGGCCUCCUUUGCAGAUGUGGGAUGGGUUGCUCAAGAAGAAGGUGAAGGGUCUACAAGGCUCAGGUCAGAAGUUUGGUCAAAAGCAGCCCAGCCUUUUCCAGGUGACCUACCUCGUUCUGGAAAGUCCUUGCACAGACAGAUGUCCUUACAAAACCCACUGGAAGAACCAAUGUCCAGGAGCACGGUGACGGCAAACGAAGAAGCUCUGCAGAAGAUCAGUGCUCUAGAAAAUGAACUAGCCACUUUAAGAGCACAAAUAGCCAAAAUUGUAAUCUUGCAAGAACAACAGAACCUGACAGGAGUUGGGACAAGUCCAGUUGCUUCAGCUGCUGUCCCCGUCGCGCCGCCGCCGCCGCCGCCGCCGCCGCUCCCUCCCCCAGGCCUACAACCGAGUAUGUCUGCCAUUGAGCUCAUUAAAGAAAGGAAAAACAAAAAAACAAACUCUGGCCAGAAUUUGCCAGAAAACGGGCCAAAGAAGUCUGAAAUACCAAACAUGCUAGAAAUCCUCAAAGACAUGAACAGCGUCAAACUGCGCUCGGUGAAAAGAUCAUCAGAAGGUACAAAAUCCAAAGCGGCUGACCCUGCAGAUCCUGCAGCAUUAAUAGCAGAGGCGCUCAAAAAGAAAUUUGCUUAUCGAUACCGAAGUGACAGCUCGAGCGAAACAGAAAAAGUGAUGCCAAAGACUGAAACAAAGGCAAAGGCUGAGGUGGUGCUGUUUGGGCCGCACAUGCUGAAGUCUACAGGCAAAAUGAAGACUUUAAUCGAAAAAUCGUAACGCGUUAAGAUCGCGGCGCGGAAGGCUGUCGAAGCUGUUUUCUCUGAAGUCUUUUCUGUUGCAAAUAGCAAUAGUACCCAGCGGUCUCUCACGACACAGGAGAAGCCUAAGAAACGUAGAACUGAGGCCCUAAACACGGCCGUAGGCGAUUUCUCGAGGGGAAUAAAUUUGACCAUUCUACUCAGGUAUUAA